CCACACACCCAAUCCGACGGCGCGUGGAGGCGGAAGUGGGUGGGCGGGGCAGCCUCGCGGCCCGCUGUCCCGCCCCGGAAGUGGGCGGGACACAGCAGGAUCCACAAUCGUCAGGAUCCACAAUCGUUCCUUCGCCUCCCAGUCGGGUUGCGGCGGAGGCCGGUCCUGGCUUUGUAGCUCGCUCAAGAUGGCGGCGCAGGAACCCAGCGGGAUCCGCCUCAGCGCGCUAUGCCCGAGGUUUUUACAUACAAAUUCUACUAGUCACACUUGGCCAUUCAGUGCAGUUGCUGAAUUAAUAGAUAAUGCCUAUGAUCCUGAUGUGAAUGCAAAACAGAUAUGGAUUGAUAAAACAUUGAUAAAGAACUAUAUAUGCUUGACAUUCACUGAUAAUGGGAAUGGUAUGACUUCAGAUAAAUUGCAUAAAAUGCUAAGCUUUGGCUUCAGUGACAAAGUCACCGUGAAUGGUCAUGUCCCAGUUGGAUUGUAUGGUAAUGGUUUCAAGUCAGGUUCUAUGCGUUUGGGUAGAGAUGCCAUCGUUUUUACCAAAAAUGGAGAAAGCAUGAGCGUGGGCUUCUUGUCUCAGACCUACUUGGAAGCCAUAAAAGCAGAACACGUUGUUGUCCCCAUAGUGGCAUUCAACAAACACCGACAGGUGAUUAAUUCAGUGGAAUCAAAAGCAAGUCUUGCUGCAAUUCUGGAACAUUCUUUGUUUUCUACGGAACAGAAAUUACUAGCAGAACUGGAUGCUAUUAUGGGUAAGAAGGGGACGAGGAUCAUCAUUUGGAAUCUUAGAAGCUACAGAAAUGCAACAGAGUUUGAUUUUGAUAAGGAUAAAUAUGACAUCAGAAUUCCAGAAGAUUUAGAUGAGACAACAGGGAAGAAGGGGUACAAGAAGCAAGAGAGGAUGGACCAAAUUGCCCCUGAGAGUGACUAUUCCCUAAGGGCUUACUGCAGUAUAUUGUACCUAAAACCAAGAACGCAGAUCAUCAUACGUGGACAGAAAGUGAAGACGCAGCUAGUUUCAAAGAGUCUUGCCUAUAUCGAACGUGAUGUUUAUCGACCCAAAUUUUUAACUAAAACAGUGAGAAUUACUUUUGGAUUCAACUGCAGAAAUAAAGAUCAUUAUGGGAUAAUGAUGUAUCACAAAAAUAGACUCAUCAAAGCUUAUGAAAAAGUUGGAUGUCAGUUAAAGGCAAACAACAUGGGUGUUGGAGUAGUGGGAAUUAUCGAGUGUAAUUUCCUAAAGCCAACUCAUAAUAAACAAGAUUUCGACUAUACUAACGAGUACAGGCUUACAAUAGCAGCACUAGGAGAUAAACUGAAUGAUUACUGGAAUGAAAUGAAAGUGAAGAAACAUGCAGAAUAUCCUAUAAAUAUGCCAGUUGAAGAUAUACAGAAACGCCCUGAUCAGACAUGGGUUCAGUGCGAUUCCUGCCUAAAGUGGCGAAAAUUACCCGAUGGGAUAGAUCAACUUCCAGAAAAAUGGUAUUGCUCCAAUAACCCUGACCCACAGUUCAGAAAUUGUGAUGUUCCAGAAGAACCUGAAGAUGAGGAUUUGAUGCAUCCCACUUACGAGAAAACCUACAAAAAGAAAGACAGGGAAAAAAUCAGGAUCAGGCACCUGGAAAGGAUCCCUCAGAUUUCUACGGCUGACCUGUUGGGGACAACCGCGAUGUCAAGUCAGAGCUUUUCUUCUGUGAAGGAAAGUAUUCCAAGAGGACAUCUUUCAGAAUCAGUAAAUACUUAUGCAAAAAAACUUAUAAAUAAUCACCGAGGUUCACCUCAGUCUGACCCUGAGAGCAAUAGCAUGAAACGGAGACUUUCUACUCAUUCCUCAAUUUUGAAUACAAAGAUUCGCAGAUUGAGUAAUCAAGCAUUUGAAAAUCCAGCUUAUAAAGAUGAUGAUGAUGAAGAUGUCAUCAUCUUAGAAGAAAACAGUACUCCCAAGCCUGCAGUGGAACCUGACGUUGAAGUGAAAUCGGAACAGACUCACAUGGAGCAAAGUAGUGUGGUGGUCAAGCCGAUGGGGGACACUGAACCUUGUGGCCAGACCAGUUCAGCAGGCACCUCAGCAGCCAGCUGUGAACCGGGAACUGCUGUGGCCACCCAGACAGAAGUACCAGGUUUAGUUGUCAAAAAGGAAGAAACUAUUGAAGAUAACAUAGAUGCAAGAAAUGAUACAGCUAUCCUGCCAUCCUGUGCGGAAGCUGAAGGAAAGCCGCAUGAAACCCCGGAAACCUUCGAUAAAUCUGUGGGUGAUGCUGGGUCCCAGUUAGAUGUACUGAGAAAUGAGAUGCUUCAAGUCACCCAAGAAAAAGAAAAUUACAAAAGACAAUGUGAUAUGUUUAUUGACCAGAUCAGAGUAUUACAACAGAGGAUACUGGAAAUGAACAACAAAUACGUGAAGAAGGAAACUUGCCACCAGUCUACCGAAACUGAUGCUGUAUUUUUACUUGAAAGUAUUAAUGGCAAAUCUGAAAGUCCAGACCACAUGGUAUCUCAGUAUCAGCAAGCUCUGGAAGAAAUAGAAAGGCUGAAAAAACAGUGUAGUGCUUUGCAACAUGUAAAGACUGAAUGUAAUCAGUGUUCCAACAAUGAGAGUAAAAGUGAAGUGGAUGAAAUGGUUGUGCAGCUUGAUGAUGUGUUUAGACAGCUGGACAAAUGCAGUAUUGAGAGGGACCAGUAUAAAAGUGAGGUUGAAUUAUUGGAAAUGGAGAAAUCACAAAUUCGUUCACAGUAUGAAGAACUGAAAACUGAAAUUGAACAAUUAAAAUCCACAAGUCAACAGACAGGAACAGAUGUUUCAACUUCAAGUAACAUUGAGGAGUCUGUAAAUUAUGCUGAUGGGGAAAGCCUCAAACUUCGAUCUCUUCGAGUUAACGUAGGACAGCUGCUGGCCAUGAUAGUACCUGACCUCGACCUUCAGCAAGUGAAUUAUGAUGUUGAUGUAGUUGAUGAGAUUUUAGGACAAGUUGUUGAACAAAUGAGUGAAAUCAGUAGUUCUUAAAGUAUAUUUUAUGUGAGAUAAUAAAACUAUUUGCUCAGUCCUUUUGUUUGUACAGCUUUCAAAAUGUAAACAAUUUUAUUUUAUAGAUAUGAUAGAUAGGUGACAGACUGAAGAAGCAUAACCUUACUGUGUUCUAUGCAUUCAGGUGUGGCCACAGAUACGUGGACACGUGUUACCACACCUUUUGAAAUGCCUGGGCGUUAUUGGUAUCAAGCAGCUGAAUAGCUAGCUAACUCAUGUUUCUGUUUUGAAAUGUAAAUAGUUGUAAUUAAGUUUGCACAUAUAUUUUUAUUACCCUAGAGGACUUAAGUGUUUUUCACCAAGAGGAUUUCAGGUUGCUCCUAACCUUUGUGCAAUCUUUUCUGGUUCCCCAAAGUGUAUUUUUAUCUGAAUUGAGGGCUGUGCCAUAAUACAAAUGGAAAUGUUUCCUUUGGUUUUCUUAACAGAGAAGUUUAAGCAGGAUUUUUUAAAAAUGGAUUAACUCUCCUGAUAAGUUGUACGUGAAUUCAGCAUUAAUGUUUCUUUUCUAUGUAUUCUUAUCUCCUGAAGUAUUCACAAAACAAGGUAAGCAAAAACUACCCAUUUUGCUGGGAUUUUUCUUGUGCCAAGAUUGCCAAUCAUAAUUAAACAAAGUGAUUUUAUAGAACAAAGAAAUGACCUUUAGUAUAAAAAAGUAUCAGAAACAUUUAAUGUCUCACCAUGGUUACUUUGAAGCCCAUUUUGGCUGCUUAGUCAGCAUGGAGUGGGCACAGUAAUAGUUUAAUAUUUCUUUUUAUGAAAUUUCCUGUACAGCCUUUUGUAGGAUUACUACAGGUUAAUGUGAGUUGAGGAAGACAGUCUUUCUCGAACAGUACUGCGUACCUUUUAUUAUAUUACAAACCUAAGUGUUUUAUGUCCUGGAGUUAAGCAACAAAUUGCCCUAGGAUUAUAGUAUUACAUACCAUAAAAAUUAUACUUUAUUGGGCCCAUGUUUUGUGCAAUUUUAAAGAGAUGGCUUUCUAUUUCUAUUAAAUAUAACUGUAUAUAUAAUUAAGAAUCAUAUUUUCCACAACAAAAAAAAUGUGUAUUAUUUUUUCAGAGUUUUAUCAUUGCUAUUUAUUUUUACUUUUGUUUCUGAACAUUCAGUACAUGGUCUUUUUCAUAUGUAUGCUUAAUUACAUGUCUGUCAUAUACAGUAUUUUUACUGUACAUUGAGUUCUAGAAAAAGCAAAUAAAUGAAGAUGGUUUUAUUUGCUUGAUAAACUUACUGAAAGUGUAUUUUUGGUAUGAAGCUGGCUUUCUGUCACAAUUGUAUCUGCCUAAAAUUUAAAAUACCUUGUAAUAAAAUAAAAAUAUAUAUGAUGGCUAA